GCACGACAACCCAAAUCCCCCUCAUCUACGCAGGUAUCAUGGCUGAAGAAUCCAUGGAGAGUGAUUCCCUUCUAGGCCAUGCCGGCAGCCGCAUCAGCCGGGCCUGGCAUGGUUUCCUCAGCUUUGCCAUCCGUGACAACGUGCUCGAGGUGGCCUUGGGGCUGUUAAUCGCCUCCUCAUUUACCAACCUGGUGACAUCCUUCGUCUCGGAUCUCGUUCUGCCCCUCGUCUCGUUAUUGCCGUUCCUGCAUCGCAACCUAGAUGAAAAGUUCGCUGUUCUCCGUGCCGGGUCAAAUUAUGUCGCCGACAAGGGGUACAAUACCCUCGCGCAGGCCAGAUCGGAUGGUGCCUUGGUCCUAGCAUAUGGCGCGUUUCUGGAAAAGGUCUUGAGCUUCUUCGCGAUGAGUCUGACGCUGUACGCCAUUGCCAGAAUGUACAUGUGGCUCUCGCACGAUCCUAUCAUCAAGAACACAGUGAGAUGCAGGUACUGUCGUAAAUACAUUGGUGAAAAGGCGCUGCGCUGUGUCAACUGCUCCAGCUGGCAGGAUGGACGGGAGGACCAAUGGUGAAUCAAAUAUACAAGAAUAUUUACUAUAUAUAAGUUGGUUAUAUACUAGUGACUUGCAGAGCUAGGCAGGAAAUUAAUAUCAUUCAUUCACUGG